AUGGAGGAGGAUCAAGAGCAGACGAGUUUCACAUUUGAGAUAGAUAACUUCUCUGAGAAGGAAGCUGUGAUAACAUCACCAAAUUUCUUAAGCGGUGGCUGCGAAUGGUUUGUUAAGGUUUAUCCCGAAGGAAUAGAUAUUGAAGAUCACUUGUCUAUGUACCUCCACGUUGCGAAUCUUGUAUCAUUGAGACUCGGAUGGAAAAGACGAGCUAGUUAUUCCCUCGUUUUGUUGAAUCAAUCAGGCAAAGAGCUCUUCAGAACAUAUGGGUUUUGUUUUGUCAGAUUAGUGAGUUUUCAAUCAUAUUGGUGUUAUAGGUCAUAG